GGCGACCUUUGCUCAUCUCGUGCCGGACGAGAAAACAAGCACGACUUCUUACAGCAUAGCAAUUGCUGCCUCUAACCCCCUCAAUUAAGACAUACGAGCUUCGCCUGCAGCUUAGCGGCGUCGUGUCGGGCCGGAUUUUUUCGAGCAACCUUUUCUUUUUCCACUGUCUUUCUCUCCAUGUUCUAUCGCGUCCAGAGCGCGUCUCAAGCCCGAUAGCGAGUCCGUUUUGUCGGCGAAAGGGCGACAAUGUAUCUCCCUCGAAGCCUCAUCUCGCUCUUGUACACGCACCUGAUAAACAAACACCAUGCGUUGUCGCCGCCUGUCUUGCUGCUCGUCUCGCUGGAUCCGGACGCGUUAUGCGCCUGCCGAAUCUUGACGGCUCUGUUCAAGCGGGACUAUAUUCCGCACAAAAUCCAGCCGAUCUCUGGCUAUGGCGACCUUGCCCGGGCAGGUGAGGAGCUUGUCCGGCCCAUGCGUACAACGGAUGGAGGAAGCGGAGGUGUAGUGGUCUGCCUGGGCGUAGGUGGAUUAGUGGAUCUGGAAGCUAUGCUUGGACUUGAGGUCGAUGAAGAUGGCCAGGGAGGUAUGGGUGAUGUCGAAGUUUGGGUCAUUGAUUCGCGAAGACCAUGGAACCUGAGCAAUGUGUUCGGUGUGCAGAGCUUAGGCUCUCCGGCGGCGGACGGCCAGGUUGUACCGCACGUUGAGGGGGUGCAACAGGGCAGGAUCACCGAGAAGUAUACACCAGGGAAAGGAGGGAUCGUCGUUUUCGACGACGGCGAUAUCGAAGAUGAGCUCGGCGCAGAGAGAGAGGCGUACUGCGCGCUGGCGGAGAUGCCUGAGCUUGGCGAGGAGGAUCUGGACGACUCGGAUGUCAACGAGGUUGCAGAAUCCGAGGCAGAUGAGGAGAGGAUUCCGGAUUCUGCGCAGCCAGGGCAAAAGAGGAAGUCCCCUUCGGCUGAGGACAACGAUUCGGAGAGUGAGGCAGAUGAAGGGACGCCACGGAAACGAAGGAGGAGUAACUCGAACUCCUCAAUAGAUACAACGCCCGAACGGCCGGCUCGACGUGGAUUGAUGAUCACAUCACACCAACGAUCAGAUCCAGAUCCUCUCGUUCGCUCGGAUUCACCCUCGUCUGUGGCUCCAGCGCCAUCUAGAGAUCAGCAACCCUCUGCGCGAAAGUUAAGAAGACAACUGUUGAAGUUGCGUAGAAAGCACGACGCGGUCAUCAACGCGUAUCAAAACCUUGGAACGUCGUAUUCGGAACCGAUCUCGUCGCUUAUGUACAGUCUGGCAUCGGAGCUUGGACGUGAAGAUAACGACUUGCUGUGGCAGGCCAUUGUCGGAGUCAGCAGCCUCGAAUUGGCCGGGAAAACGAACAACGGUGUUGGCCUGGCACCAGUUUCGACGUCAGGAACAACAUCGAGCUGGACGCGUGACCGAGGCGAGCGUAUACGAUCCGUAUUACGCGACGAAGUGCGAAGAUUGAACCCCACGGAUCUCAAAGACAUUGCACGCGUCGAGAGCAUGGGCGACGCGAACGGCAUCAUCCAAACGCAUGCACGGAGCCCGAAUGAUAAUUCAAUCCGGCUCUCUCCAGAACCCCGACUUCUCCUAGUACGGCAUUGGAGUCUGUACGACAGCAUGAAGCAUUCGCCAUUCUUGGGCACAAAACUGCAUAUCUGGAGCGAGGCAGGCAGAAAACGCUUGGAUAAGCUAUUGGCGAAGAUGGGCAUCAGCUUGACGCAGGGCAAGCAGAAUUACACGCACAUGGACAUGGAGCUCAAGAGGGGGCUCCGGGAACGGCUUCUAAAGUAUGCCCCAAUGUACGGACUGGAUGGUUUGGUCCCGCCACAAGUGAGUCGUGGCGUGGGAGGCAAAGAAGGCUGGGGUUUCGUACGUUGCUGGGGUUGGAAAGCUUGUCUCAGCGCACUUGAUGUUGGUGUCAUUAUCGGUGCCAUUCUCGAAGUCGGCGACAUGGACGAUAAGCUUAAAGCCGCUCUUGACAUGCCACCACCAGUUUCCCGUCACAACUCUGGCAGAGAGACGCCUCGAACUCAGGAGGAAACACCUGUUCAGGAAGAGGUGCAGACGAUGGAUGAGAAGCGGGAAGACGCAAUUACCAAGCGAUUCUGGACAGCGUACGACGCACUGGACAAAGUCUCCAUCUUGACCGAACACAUCCCUACUGCACAGCAUUUGCACAGAGCAAUCUUGCGAACAGGAUCUUCUCUCCUCGAAAAGAGGCAAAUUCGUCAUCUGCGAGCGUUCCGUAUCGGCGUUGUCAAGGAAGGCCCAGACGUGCAGCUUUUUACUCACCCAGGCGCACUUAUCAAACUCGCUUUGUGGGUAGCAGAAGCCAUCACAGAAAUGGAAGGCUCAAAGGGCCGAAAGGGCGGUGAGCUUGUCAUGGCAGGCUUGGAUGAGGCCCGCGGCGUGUAUGUCGUCGUUGGUCUCGGCGGAGGGGCUGAUGUGGUCAAACAAAGAGAGAUUCAACAACGACGUGAAGAAAAACGCAAGGAAAAGGAGAGGAAACGCGAAGAGCGCAAAGCUGAAAAGGAACGGAAGAAGAGGCUGAAGCGAGAACGAUAUGAGGCCAAUGGUCUGGAGUGGGACUCUGACCUCGAAGAGGAGGAUGAUACUGAAGAUGAAGACAGCGAAUCUGAGAGCGAAGAUGAGCUUGAUUACGAGGAGACUGCAAACAAGGGCAAGGGCCUUAAUAGGUUCGGCAUUGCUUUCAGCGAGGCAGUGGAUGAGACAGGCGCGAGAGUGAGACAGGAUAGCUUCGAGCAUUGCGUCGUGGAAGUCAAGAAGGAGGAUCUGAGUAGUUUUCUGGAGGCACUUAGCCUGAAAGCCGUGGUAGGAUAAAUAACUGCGAACUCCGCGUGGACGACGCUGCGCGACGUGAUCACGACAGUGAAUUGGGGCUGGUUUGUCUCUGG